CUUAUAGAAAUAUAAUAAUAUAUAUAAUUUAUUGACUUAAAUUUCACGGUUCAAUGAAAACCUAGAUACAUAAAUCCUCAGACCAAGUUGAAAAACCUUUCCCCUGAAGCUUCUUUUUCUUCUUUCUCUCUCUUGAUCAUUUGUUUAAAAGACCACCAAUUAUAUAUAUAUAUACACAUCGAUUCUCUCAAGUUGAAGGGUAAUCUGAGGAUCGGCAACAUGGAAUGGAAGGAAUAUAGGCUUCAUCGUCAAUGAAAUUGGAUGUUUAGGGAGUUACAAAAAUAUUUAGGGUUGGCUUUCGCUGUGUCACUCGAUCAAGCUUUAGAUCAAGAGAUUUGACAGAUAAGGGGCAGUAUAAGGUGGAUCAUUUGUUUUCUCUUUCCAUUUCUAUCAACUGAACUUGAGCAACGGCAGAAGACAUGAUGGAGAUGCAUGGAGAAGAAAAGAGGGUUAAUAGUGAAGUAUGUUCCCACAAGUGCACCAACUUUGACUUGAAUGAAGAAGCUAGCUGCCAAGAUAAUGAUUAUGUUGGAAAGGAAGGUGAAGUUAGCGUUGAAGAGGAAGAGAUUGAGAAGAGAUCAACUGAAGAAGGGAGUAGUAGCAAUAACAAUGGAGGCGAGGAAGGUGGCAUUAAUGAUAGAAGAAGAACAGUGAGGCAAUACGUUAGGUCAAAGUUGCCUCGCCUUCGGUGGACUCCUGAUCUUCAUCUCUCCUUCGUGCAUGCUGUCGAGAGGCUUGGUGGACAAGACAGAGCAACUCCCAAGUUAGUUCUUCAAUUGAUGAAUGUGAAGGGACUUAGCAUUGCCCAUGUAAAAAGCCAUUUGCAGAUGUACAGAAGUAAGAAGCUUGAUGAGAGUGGACAAGUAUUAAGUAAAAGUAAUCGAUCAAUAAAAGGAAGGGAUGAAAUUCGGCGCAUGUCGUUGCAGCGGGCAGCGGCCGUUUCCUCAAGUCCUCAUCAACGUUUAAGAAUGGAAAAUGGUGGAAUCGUCUUAGCCGCGGAAUCUCUUGAAAAUGACAUCACGCUAACUCGUUUCCGGUCUCCUCUUUACCAACGAUCACUAGAAUUCAAACCCGGCUUUCCAAGGCAUCACUUAGAACCAAAUUCCUUGAUAAGCAAAGCUGGUGGAGAAAAAAAUGGUUUCCCAAAGACAGGUGGCUUGUUGAGCAAUGAAGGGCAGUCAAACCAAAUUCAUGGAAUGGAAAUGCGAAUUGGAGGCAUGAGACGAGGGUGGGUUCUUGAAGAGAAGAGGUGGCAAAUGAUCUGUAACAGAUGGGAAGUUGAGAGAGAAAUGAGCAAACACACUUUCAUUGGGGGACACUACUCAACUAGCUCAACUCAAGGAAACAACACAAGUACUGUUGGCCAAUUUGUUUCGGAUAACCUUAGCAAAUUCACUAGUGAGUUUGACGCCCCCUUUUUGGUUGAGUUGAACCAAGAUAAAGUGAUGGACAGAGAAUGGCUGCCUGAUCUGCAGUUAAGACUAAGCCAAAGAAUUGGAAUUGAGGAUAAGAAGAAUACCCAUUGUAAAGGCACCCACGAAAUCAACACCCGACUUUCACUUUCGUAGCUUUGAUAAAGGCUUCUCCACCACAAACACAAAAAAUAGGAAACUGACAUCUUACUAAGUACUUGUCCUAUAAUUGUCUUCUCUUUUUUGGAUAGAAAGUGUAAUUGUUUUUCAUUUUAAUUAUUUGUUGUCGAAUCAGAUAGAGACUCGACUUUAGGAAAUAGGAAGCGUUUGUGAUUGACAAUUA